GGGCGGGGCGACGGCCCGCGGGGGCUUGUGGGAAAGCCGGGAAGGCGGGGCCGGCGAGCGUGGCUGAGGGCCCGGGGCACCGGCCCUGCGGGCGCUAACGGCCGAGUCAGAGAUUGGUCAGAACUCUGCAGGCCAUAAUGACUUCGACAAAUAAAGCAAUUGAAUUACAACUACAGGUGAAACAAAAUGCAGAAGAAUUACAGGACUUUAUGAGGGAUUUAGAAAACUGGGAAAAAGAUAUUAAACAGAAGGAUAUGGAACUAAGAAGACAGAAUGGUGUUCCUGAAGAGAAUUUACCUCCUAUCCGAAAUGGGAAUUUUAGGAAAAAGAAAAAAGGUAAACCUAAAGAGUCUUCUAAAAAAACCAAAGAUGAAAACACAAAAAACAGGAUAAAAUCUUAUGAUUAUGAGGCAUGGGCAAAACUUGAUGUGGACAGUAUCCUUGAUGAGCUUGAUAAAGAAGAGAGUACCCAUGAUUCUGUGUCUCAAGAAUCAGAGUCAGAAGAAGAUGGGAUUCAUGUAGAUUCACAAAAGGCUCUGGCUCUUAAAGAAAAGGGCAAUAAAUACUUCAAACAAGGAAAAUACGAUGAAGCAAUCGAAUGCUAUACCAAAGGCAUGGAUGCUGAUCCCUAUAAUCCUGUGUUGCCAACAAACAGAGCAUCAGCAUACUUUAGACUGAAAAAAUUUGCUGUUGCUGAGUCAGAUUGUAAUUUAGCAAUUGCCUUGAAUAGAAGUUAUACGAAGGCUUACACAAGACGAGGUGCUGCUCGAUUUGCAUUGCAAAAAUUAGAAGAUGCCAAAAAAGAUUAUGAAAAAGUAUUAGAACUGGAACCAAAUAACUUUGAAGCAACGAAUGAACUCAGGAAAAUUAAUCAGGCUUUAACAUCCAAAGAAAAUUUAUAUCCAAAGGAAGCUGAUACAAUGAUUAAAUCAACUGAAAGAGAGGAAAAGCAAAUUGAAGAGCAACAGAAUAAGCAGCAAGCCAUUUCAGAGAAAGAUCUGGGGAAUGGAUUUUUCAAAGAGGGAAAAUAUGAAAGAGCAAUUGAAUGCUAUACUCGAGGGAUAGCAGCAGAUGGCACUAAUGCCCUUCUUCCAGCUAACAGAGCAAUGGCCUAUCUAAAGAUUCAGAAAUAUGAAGAAGCUGAAAAGGACUGCACACAAGCUAUAUUAUUAGAUGGCUCAUACUCUAAAGCUUUUGCCAGAAGAGGAACAGCAAGAACAUUUUUGGGAAAGUUAAAUGAGGCCAAACAAGAUUUUGAGACUGUUUUACUUUUGGAACCUGGGAAUAAGCAAGCAGUAACUGAACUUUCCAAAAUUAAAAAGGACUUAAUUGAGAAAGGACACUGGGAUGAUGUUUUUCUUGAUUCUACACAAAGGCAAAAUGUGAUAAAACCUAUUGAUAAUCCAUCUCAUCUUGGGUCAACUAAACCACUCAAGAAAGUUAUUAUUGAAGAAACUGGUAAUUUGAUACAGACUAUUGAUGUGCCAGAAAGCACUACUGCUGCUCCACAGAGUAAUCCUAAUCUGGCAAAUGGAAUAGCAAAUGCAGGUGCUCCAAGUAAGAAGAAUUCGAGCCAAGAUGACCUUUUGCCCACAAGUGAUAUUCCCAAAGCAAAAGUAUUGAAAGUAGAAGAAAUCAGUGAUACUUCAACCCAGCCACCUCAAGUCAAGUUGAAACAGGGUGUAUGUCAGUCUUUCCGUGAGAAGAUUCCUGUAGACAUAGACAGAACACCUGCUCAGUUUGUCACUGCUGCUCUUCCUCCAGUUCCUGCUAACUCCUUCCAGCUUGAAUCUGAUUUCAGACAACUGAAAAAUUCUCCAGAUAUGCUGUAUCAGUAUUUGAAGCAAAUUGAGCCAUCCAUGUAUCCUAAGUUGUUUCAGAAAAAUCUAGAUCCAGAUGUAUUCAACCAAAUCAUUAAAAUUCUGCAUGACUUUUACAUUGAGAAAGAAGAGCCAUCACUCAUCUUUGAAAUCUUACAAAAACUUUCUGAACUAAAAAGGUUUGAUAUGGCAGUGAUGUUUAUGUCAGAACCUGAGAAAAAAAUUGCACAUGUAUUGUUCAAUCACAUAGACAAAUCAGGAUUGAAGGAUAAAUCUAUUGAAGAACUCAAGAAAAGAUAUGGUGGUUGAUUUUCAUUUUUACUGUGAAAUUACUGUCUUUGACUUUCAUGUAAAUUUUUUAAUUGAAAAUAAAGUAUUUUGCUUUUUAAGAAAAUGAAUCAUACAGGAAAAGAUUAUCUUUAGGCACAGUUUAAUUAACUGUACAGUGAGUCAAGUCAUGAGAAAUGUACUCAAGUGAACUAUUUAUAAGUCAUUUUCCAAAAAUAAAAAUAUAAUGAUGUAUACUUGUAACGUUCAGUAUUUUAUGUCAUUUCAAAUUUUAAAUCUAGAUGCAUUCUUCAGUGUCUGUAAUCUUAACAUUAUUUUUAUAUUUUCAUAAGUUUUUGUAGCCACAGGACAAGGUUGCUUCAUUAGCAUAUGAAUAAAGUUAUAGUUGUAUAGCGAUUGUUAAGUAGAUAAACAGAUUUUUUAAAAAAUAAUAUCAUUGGGCUAGUUUACUAACAUAGAACUAUUUAGUUGCAGGAUGUGUAUUUUUAGUAUUUACAUUGAAUGGAGACCUAACUAUACUCUUUAAAUUGGCUUACUUCAAGAGUCAUAGCAUCCUUAUAUUUUCAUCCUGCAGUUUUUUUCCCUCAUGAUAUUCACAUUAUAUGUCAUCUAAAGGCAUAUAAUAAUCUAAAGCAAAGUGGAAAAAAUUUUAAAUCUAGGACUGUCUAAAGUAGUAAUUAGCAUAUAGCUUAUGGAUAUAUAUUGUGUAUGAGUGUGGUGUGUGUAAACUUUUGAAAGCAGAACUAAAAUUCUUCUCAUUCUUGUUUUGCAUAGUACCUGGCACAGCCCUUUUUUGCACAUAGUUAGGUGCUCAAUUGAUAUUUAUAUAAUUUAAUUGAAUUUUACCUUAGGAAUCAACUUCAGUAAAUGUCUAAAAUAGCACAUUGCAAAUUUUGGGGCUGCUGUAAAUGUCGUUAAAACCAAGCUAAUUUUAGAGGCUACCAGGUUGUUAAAAUAUUAGGUCACAAUCCUCUAGCUGUUAUCAGCAUCAAUAAGACUGUCAAAUUUAAGACUUUUAUUUUAUUCUCUUGGUUAUUUUUGUUGCAUCAUAUGUAUGCUUAGAAUUGCUUGAGUAAUAAUCUAUUUACAAAGAAAAUUUCCCUAAUUCAUGGUAUAAAUUAUUGAAAUGAUCAUAACUUGUAUAGCUUCAGUAUUUUACAAUGCACUUAGCAUAGAGUUUAUUAGUGUUAUGCUUUGCUAAAUGUAUCAUGGCAUAUGAAAAGGUAAUAAAAUUGAGCCUUUUAUCUA